GCCACCCUAUGAAUCACAUGUUUUAGGCAAUACUAAAUAGAAACUUUACAAAAAACAGAGUUUCGAUUGUAGCCAAUCAACACUUUUAUUUCUCUACCGAAGAUUCAUUAAGUGGGUACAAAUACAACAGUUUGCAACAGUUUGAAAACAAAUUGAAAAUAAAGUUGUCAGAAUUACUGACUGCCAGUAUGAGAGUUAGUAUAAUGCGUUCAAUGAUACUUCUAAUCUUUCUACAUCAUUUAAAUGCUGAGGUCAUCAAAAUUCCACUCUAUCCGACGACCAGAGUUAAGUCGAUGCUGGGUCACUACAACGCAUUAUACAAAUGGCUACAUAGAAAAUGGAUGAAUGUUUGGACAGACGAAUACACACCGACGUCCGAGUAUUUGGACAAUUUUGAAAAUUUUCAGUACUACGGUGAGGUGUUUGUUGGGACUCCACCUGAAAAGUUUACUGUCCAAUUCGAUACGGGCUCAACUGAUGCAUGGUUCCCUUCAAGGAAAUGUUGGUUUCUUGAUGUUCCAUGUUGGUUUUUUCGAUUUUAUGACAACUCAAAAUCAUCCACGUAUCAACCGAAUGGUACCAGAUUUGAAGUGAACUAUUUGAUGGGUAGCUUCUCGGGAUUUUGGAGCAUGGAUACAAUCCAGAUAAACUCCCUAGUUAUUAGAAACCAAGCAUUUGGUGAAGUAACAAGCAUAUUCAACACUGAUUUCAUCAGCCAAAAAUACGACGGAAUAAUCGGGAUGUCAUGUAGAAGUGUGUCAAGAUAUGGAAAUAUUCCUUUUUUUCCAAAUAUAAUUGCAACAACAGCUGAGAUGGAUCCAGUGUUUUCGUUCUACUUAAGUCGACGAAAUGGCGCUCCUGUUGGUGGAGAGUUGGUUCUGGGUGGUGUUAAUCCUGAAUAUAUCGAAGGAGAUUUUGAAAACCUAUCUGUUAUUUAUGAAAAUCAAUGGGCUGUGAAGAUGAGAAGUAUGAAAAUUAAUGGCAUGGAAUUUUGCAAUGAGACAUGUGUGGCUGUCAUAGAUACCGGAACAUCUUUGCUCCUGGGUUCUCAGAAAGUGGCUGACAGAAUCAAUUCCCUACUUGGCGCAACACUCAGUCAUGAUGGAGACUACCUGCUUAAUUGUGAUGCUCUGGAAAAGCUGCCUCCUAUCGAGUUUGUCCUCAGGAAGAGGAAAUAUGUGUUUGAGGCGAAGGACUAUGUAGUUAAGAUGCCAUACAUCAUCGGCUGAACUUCAUUCACUCUCGUUUUUAUUCGACCCACCGAAGAGACCAAGAUGACGACAUCCGGAAAUAACAAAGGUCCGUCCGUACAGGAAUGGUGCAUUUUUAAUUUGCCUGCAGAAAUAGACUUGUUCAUUUGACAUCUGGUUGGUCGAUUCAUAUAAUGUACCUGUGAUAACGUAAGCCAUAACUGCUAAGGCAUACAGUGGUUCUCAUACAAUUUCGGAACAUUCAUCAGUCUUCAUCUCAGUGAACGUGAGACUGUAUCGAAAGGAGUAUUUUCGUCUUUCACUAUAGGGCACAAAACUGUUUUUUAUGCUUGAAUGCACAUAUGAAACUGUAAGACAACUACUCCUGGAAACAUCCGAGCUAAUUUGUAUAGUCGGGAUACUACAGUCCAGUUUAAAGAUCCCAUGAUAUGCUCUACACCGUCAAUGUCAACGCCACGCCUUUUAAGUUUCUUGUGUAUACAUACCUGUUGGCCUAAUUGUUUACUUCGCUGAAUUAACAGUUAUCAUGCCAAGUUCUUGGGGCGCCAAUUACUCCUUUAGAUUUGUAAGAGCCAAAAAUAUUAUAAUAUUCACCCUAAUAUCCAAUGUAUGUUUUCCAGGUUUGCUCAAGCUAAAUGAUUUUAUUCGUGCUUUUCUAGGUCUUGUAGAACUGUUUCAGGUCUCUGAUGGGUUUCAGUAUAUUAGAUUUACCCACUCGCCUUCUCCAGCUCUGGUAAACCCUUUCAGUGGUUGAGUGUUCUUUGUGGGGAAGUGUAUGGUUUAUCCUGAGAAUGCGGUGCAGAUAGGCUUGUGCAUCAGAAUUGAAAAGCUACAGAAGAAGGUUUGGGAUGAGAGCACCUAGUUUACUAUGCAUGAAGUGUAGCACCGCGAAGUCUCUGGGAGCGUCUCGUGUAUCGCUUGAAGCAGUAUCUACUUCGUCAGUAUUAAUCAGAGGUCUUUCUCCAUGGUGAUUGGAGAAAGAUGUGUACCACAGAGAGUAGGAUACUUUGCACCAGUGGUGGUGCACGGAAGACAGGUUUUGGGACCUAUCCAUGAUAACAGCCUGUCCGUUAUUACCCACUCUGAGGUCACCAGGAUUUUGUCGGAUGUCACAGCCCUCCAUUACUUAACGCCGUCAGAGUAAGGUGAAGUUGGGGAGCUAAGACUCGAUGGAAGGUGAGCUACAAAAGGUAGGAACGGCGGCGAACCCUGAAUUGCUGCCUAUGAUUCAUCAGGUGAUGCAGCUCUGAGGUGAGCGAAACCUGAUGAUUGCUGUGCAGAACUCCCUGCCGUCCAAAUAGUCCUUAACUAAAAAUAGUAUGUGAUCGUUGAAACCCAACUUUAUUAUGUUGCAGGUAAGAAUAGUGUGUGAUACCGUGUCGAAGGUCUUAUCGAAAUCGAGUAAAAUCAUAUGAACUUAGGCCUGGAGGACCCGGCAGUGAUUUGGUCUGAUACCCGUACUUAGGCAACUGCCUAUAUAUUUUUCAUGGCCCCAUAAGUAAGUCCCUGGAUAAAAGUGGUCCAAUGCGACAUUGUAGGCAGGUGUAGCAUAACCAUGCACACGGAUAAUGCGUCAUGGAGACAUUAUGCUGGUCUGCUGCAUGCUCAUCACAUCGAUAACAUACCCACUUAUUAUAGAGGUUGCACUCAAAGUCUGUGUCCCUUGUGGCUACAGUGAGGUCACAUGCAUUACCAGAAGAUUUAUUCAAGAACUCUCCUCCCGUUUUCUAUCCCUCCACUUAUCAGUUUUUGGACGAAAUCCACAGUUUGGGUUAGGUGUGCCAAUGAGAUCUGUAUUUCACUGACUGAGGACGGAGGAGUCUAGAGCUCUGUGAGGGAUAUUACUUUUCUGGUUUCCAGAUACUCCUGAUCUUCCAGAUAAGUAUGAUCCAGGUGACGAACUAGCAUUCCGUGGGCCAUUUUUACACCUCCUAGCUGCACCCCGAGCUACUAAUCAGAAAAGGGUGAUGAUCAACUGAGAUGAAGUUACACCUGAAUCGCUUUCGCGGUCAGAUUCGACCAAUGCACUAUUGCUACUCAUGUCAAUAAGCAACUUUGAAAAAAUCAGAGAGUAGUGGAUGAAAAUAUGUCAUUCAAGUAAAAGGUGGAUAAUCUGUGGUUACCUUCGGUCGUUUAGUUUUACACCUAUGAAAAAUGCCAAAAGCCGUCCAUAAGUCUAAGGUUUACGAUCGAGUGAGAUAUAGGAUGCUGCAGAUGCAGUAGCCUGAGGUUUAAUAGUCAGUCGGGACAGUUUGACCAAUCACAUUGUGGGCGUUUUCAGGGUAGUGGCAGUGAACAAGUGGCGACUGUAGGUUCCACAGAAAAUUCGUUACCGAACUGAUGGUGUGGAGAUGACAGCUCAGAUGGUUUGGUAGUAAAUCUGGUUAUUUCUGAGAAGAAAGGGGGUUCGGUAAAACACAUCAACACUCAAGAAGCACGCGUAUGAUCAUGAGUGAUAGAUAUUUGGGACAGAUCGCACACGAUCUUGAAAAAUGAAUAGAUAGGCCAAUAAUUCAUCGUACUUGUCAGAUAGCCACGAGUAUAAGGCUGAGGGAGUGAACAUAAUGGGGGUGACCACGUUUAAUUCAUGUAUUUGACAAACUACACUUAAAUACCGUGAUGUGUUAGCCAUUAACCUGGAGUAUCGCGCUACGAACUACGACAACGUGCUAAACAGCAUCGGCGUUUGAUUGUGUGUCUUCAGAUUAAUAAGUGCGCUGAAACCGUCGAGCUCUGAAAUCUGACUCCAAACUUUUAUUCGGGUCCAGAUACACUACCGCCUAUUUAUAACUCCCGACACUGCUGAUCCACCUGUGUCAGAUAGCGUAAAUAUCAGGAGUUAACGCGAAGUAUAUAUCAGGAUGUUGUAUUAGUCAACGAGCGAGCAAAAAGUCUUUUUUAGUACAACUAAACAAAAAAUGUUCAAUGAGUUGUUACAUAUAUCAACACAAUACAGUGAAAUAAAAUGCUACAAAACCAUGGACGAAUGUAUCGGUGGUGAAUGUCAUCAAACCUUGGGCUACUGAUUUGGAGUAACUAUAUCUCGCCACAGAUGGUUAAAAUGGAUGCUUCACUUUCUAUGUUUUAUUGAGCCAAACUUCUGCUUGUUUAUUGCCACAGUUUGUGAGAGUCAACCAUUUAGAAAUCUUUUGAUAUUUUGUUAAUGAUUUGUAGGACUCCGGAUGGUUGUUUUCAAAUUGCCUGUCACCCUUCAGUGGUGAUGACAAUUUACCAGAUGGUAAGUGGAUUCUUGGUGAUGUUUUCAUGGGGAGAUUCUAUACCGUCUUUGAUUUCGGUGAGAAAGAAAUAAGGAUAGCUGAUGCUGUUCAGGCUUGAAAACUAUUACGCUAGAACCAACUAACAAAUAAAAUUUAAUGAGUUUUUGAAGU